AUGCCAAGACGGUUUACAACAACCUCUUCCCGCUUUGGGAAGUUCAUCCAGCUCCACUUCUCCCAGAGUGGGAACAUCCAAGGAGGACGCAUCAUCGACUAUUUACUUGAAAAGAACCGUGUGGUGAGGCAGAACCCUGGAGAGAGGAACUAUCAUAUCUUCUAUGCUCUGCUGGCCGGGGCAGACAAGGACCACAGAGAGCUGUACUUCCUGUCUGAGGGCCCGGAGUCGUACCUCUACCUGAGUCAGUCUGGCUGUGUGAAGGACAGGAGCCUAGACGACCUGCAGCUCUACGACAGUGUUAUGGAGGCUUUAAAGGUGAUGGAGUUCAGUGAGGAGGAGAUACGGGACGUCUUCAAGCUGCUGUCUGCUGUUCUCCUGAUAGGGAACAUAGAAUUCAUGACCGCAGGAGGAGCACAAAUCACAUCCAAAGGAGUGGUCAGUAAUGUCAGUGAUCUGCUGGGUCUGGACUCGUUCCAGCUGUCUGAGGUUCUGACCCAGAGGUCCAUGAUCCUGAGAGGAGAGGAGAUCUGUUCACCCCUUACUGUUGAACAGGUAAGAGCCCCGCCCCUCUGCCACGCCCUGUCUGGCCUUAACCUGUCCCACCUACUCCUAACAAUGAGAAAGGAAAACAACUGA